UAUCGAGACGAGAUUGUAUUACUGCCAUUUUUGCCUAAUGCCGAAUUGUGUUUCUCGAAUAUCUCGGAAUUGCAUUGUUCGAGUCGGAUGCCAUGCUCAAUAUUUUAUAGGAUGGCACAGAUAUGUCGAAAUCUUGAAAAGUUGGUCAUCGAUGAAUUACGUUGUGAUAACGAUGGGUUGGCAACAUUAAUCAGUGUUCAGCAAAAUCUGAAGGCUGUUGGUGUGUUCACCCACGCCAAUUCUAACGUCUACCUCAAAGUUGCGAAUGCAAUAUCAAGUAAGGCGAACACUUUAAAGUAUUUUAGUUAUGGGGGAGGUAAUGCGGCUUCAAUUCCUUUUGCCAAUAUAGCGGCAUUGGUAAACUUGGAAUCCUUGAGCGUCAAACUUUAUGAUGAUGUCAACGACAUAUUCCUAUAUACCACAUUUCCGAACUUGAAGAUAUUGGAGAUACAGGGACUGAUGCGAUCGAUGGAUGUGUUAACAAAAUUUGUUGAGAGGUGCACAAGGAUCCACAGUAUUAUCAAAAUGGAUGGAGGAAUUAGUCGCAACGGUUUUCAAAGUGGAAUACUCGAAAAGAUUUGCUUUGAUCUGGCAUACAUCAGAAAACCUUUUUGUAACGUACCGGAAUAUAACGCCACCAUAGCAAGGUGCUGCCCGAAUUUGCGAUUUUUUUCAACGUGGUUUCACAAAUUGAAUGCCAAAGAAUUUAAAGAGGUGAUCAGGUCGUGCAAAAAGCUGGAACAUUUGACGGUCAGCAGUUACAGAUAUGAAAAGUCAAGGUACGAUGAUAGUUACGAUCCGUAUGUUAACGAGUUGAUUGAGUGUUUAGGGGAAUUGGAAGAUGAACUGGAGGAGAAUAAAGAGAUUGGUGGAGAAAAACUCGAUAAGUCAGUUUCUAAUUCCACGGACUUGGCGUCAUCGACAUUGCAUAGAAAGCACAAAGUAAGCAUGAACUUGAGUACAAUCGAAUUUUGCUAUAUAUGGAAGUUGGAUUCGCUCAGAGAAUUCGAGAAUUAUCUGAGGAGGCGGAAGAGUAGAGGACGACCGAUGAACAUAUAUUUUAAUAAUGAGUGCGUAAGUCUGUUCGGAAUAGAUUUAGAGGAUUAUUUGCUGGUGAAGUUCAGGAAAUAUAAAGAGGAAGGAUUGGUGAAUCAAUAUGGAAUUAAGAAUUAUAAAAAGUUUUACAGAAAUUAUGAUGUAAUUAGAGGCGAGAGUCAUUAG